AUGGAUUGCUGCCUGUUACACGUCGAGAACCAUCACCCGUGUGACAUGUAUGGGCAACAACACUCGCUAUUCCACACGCAUCACAAGACAGGGGAAUGUACAGACAUCUACCAAGCAGCGAAUGAUACAGGAUUCACCAUGUUCCCGAAUGACAUGACGUCAGCUCAAUCGGAGAUGUAUUUCAAAGGCAAAGAGGAGGAAUUCUUUCCUUUACCAUUCCUGCCCUCCCACAUUCCCCAAGACACUGCCAGAGACUCACUUGAACUCAGGGAACACAAUUUCUUCACAGGAUUGCUGGCAACAGUGACAACAAGCCAACAAAGGCAAGAGGCAGAGGUACCAGUUUGGCAGGUUUUUCCAAGAACUGAGCCCUCGUCGCUGCUGGAGAGGUGGGAUGUGAGCUCCAACGCGAAGGAGCAGGACAGGGUGAUCAAGCGAGGAAUGAGGAAUUACGGCCACGGCAGGUCUGUUCACCUCUGGGAGUUUGUCCGGGAUCUGCUCCUGAAUCCGGCAGAGAACUGCGGAGUCCUGAAAUGGGAGGACAGAAAAGAGGGGGUGUUUCGCGUGGUGCACUCCCACACCUUUGCCCAGCUCUGGGGAAAGAGGAAGAGCAACUCGGGGAUGAACUACGAGAAGCUGAGCCGAGCUUUAAGACACUACUACAAAUCGGGAAUUCUGGAGCACGUUGGUCGGCGUCUGACAUACAAAUUCGGAGCAAAGGCAUCCGGGUGGCAGGACAGCGGGUUCCAGUGAAUUCAGAACUGCUCCGCUAGUCUGCGAGCACUGGAGCAUCAGCUCAGACUGCGAGCUCAAAGCCCUGCUUUAUCUUCGAACCGAUGGGCUCUCACCACCCGACGGACCCUCUUCGUUUCCUCCUCUUCCCCACCACACGCCCCUAACAUCCCGCCCGCAAGUGAGAACGAGGAAGUUUCAGGGGAGGACCUGUCUGAGAUGAGCAGUCCCCGAUUUCCCCCAUCGAAUCGAGAGCCCACAUCAUCAGAAUAAUCCGUGCAUUUGAUACAACGCCUCUCAUCACUUUCUUGCGACGUCUCAAAGCGCUUCAGAUUAUACUGUAAAUGUUUUGUGGGUGAAAUGGAGAGAUGUUCCGAAAUUCUUUACGACAGCAUUUUUUUGGGGGGGGGGGGGGGUGGGGGGGUAAAAAGAAAAGACUAUUCCAGGAACAUUCUUCAAAGAGGACUGUGCUGUUGCUUGGCUUCGCUGGCCAAUCGGGACUGAGUCGUUGAAUGAGUUCCACACGGACUUGCACUUCCUCGGAAGGGAAAUCCCUGACAGUAAUCAGACGUAAGUCACGCCAACCCUCGGGAACUCAGGAUCCAGCCUCUUCCGACCUGGAGUUUUGCCAGGAAGGCUAACGGAAUUCAUCGAGACCUCCAUGUCUCAGUUCUUCAGUGAAUAAAGGACUCAUUGUGUGGUUCAA